AUGAAUCAGCUUCUCUGCUUUACUUCUGCGUUCUGUCUUAUCUUGUUUCAUGGGUAUUUAUCCAUUGCAGAAGCUGGAUUAGUUGGAGUCAACUAUGGUAUGCUAGGGAACAACCUCCCACCACCAAGUGAGGUCAUUGCUCUCUUGAAAUCCAGGCAAAUUACACAAGUUCGCCUUUUCGACCCCAAUUAUGAUGCCCUUCAAGCUCUCCAGGGGUCUGGGAUUGAUGUCAUCCUCGGAACACUCAACCAGGAUCUUCAAAACCUUGGGAGUGACCUAUCUUUUGCCAGAAACUGGGUUCAAGAAAAUGUGAUUCCAUAUUCAGAAGCUGUCACGUUUCGAUGCAUAUCGGCUGGUAAUGAAGUCGACCCUGGUGACUUGGCGGUUCAUGUGUUGCCAGCAAUGAGGAAUCUCAAAACUGCAUUAGGAGAAGCAAAUCUGGGGGAAAUCCCAGUAAGUACAACGGUUUCAACAGCUGUUCUUGGGAACUCAUACCCUCCUUCUCGAGGGGAAUUCACUGAAGAGGUGAGUCCUACAAUGAAAUCAAUCACGGAAUUCCUAGCAGCAGCUAAGAGCCCUCUCCUCGUCAAUGUGUAUCCUUACUUUGCAUAUAUAUAUGACCAACAAAACAUUUCCUUGGCCUAUGCACUGUUUAAUAGCAGUGAGGUGAUUGUGAAAGAUGGUCAGCUUGGAUACAAGAAUCUCUUUGAUGCCAUAACCGAUGCAGUUUACUCAGCAUUGGAGAAAGUGGGUGGCAACUCUGUUGUUAUUGUCGUAUCAGAGAGUGGAUGGCCUUCAAACGAAAAUGGUGAAAUCGCAACAAUCGCCAACGCCCAGAUGUACAAUAACAAGCUAAUUGCUCACGUAUCUGGAGCAUCAGGUACACCAAAGAGGCCAGGGAGGAGCAUAGAUACUUAUGUUUUUGCCAUUUUUAAUGAGAAUCUAAAGCCUUCUGGGACUGAACAGCACUUUGGUUUAUAUUAUCCCAAUAUGACAGAAGUGUACCAUGUUGAAUUUACUCAAUAA